CGUCGCUGUCGAGUGUUGUAUCUCCAUAGCUCUGUCACUUGCACGGUCAAGAAUCAACUGUUUUCCAAAUUUCAGUGAAUAAAAAACGGUGAAAUGGUGGGAAGUUGAAGGUUCUGGCUUUCUCCCCUCCUUCUAGUGAGCCGUCCAUUUUCCAACGCGCUCUGUGCAUCCUAGUGAAUAGUUGCGGCUAAAAAUGAAACCGCAUGCAAGUUCUCAACAGUUGUGAUUUGGCUCGGGAUUCGACCAUAACUUUGUUACUUCCGGUCCAUUUUCUCCCGCUCGGACACCAGUCGCACCUUUUCCGAGGCCACAACAAAGAAACCUAAUGGUGCCCUGAAACUUGGUGGAAGCGCCGAUCGAUUUUUUUACAUACCUACUCCCCUAUUUUGUGCACCGGCAGCAAACACGUGUGAUAAUCUUUCGAUUUGUAAAACAAAUCAAAGCCAAGUGAACCGAGGAGUGGAGUGAGUGCUUCAAUAGUGUUUGUCGUUUGCCGCCGACAGCUGUGAGUUUUCGGCUUGUGUGUAUGUCUGUCUGUCUAUUGGAGUGGUAGCGUGCGUUAAUUUUUCUGGUUCUGGUACAUGAUGGCCGGCCACCUGUUUGUGGUUCAGAUUCCCACGGCCCGGUACGAGAAGGUCCUGCGGCAGAAGAUUCAGGAUAAGCUAGCCAAAUCUAGCUCAACCAAGUUCGAGGACGAAAAGGAAGGUCCACAGUUGGUGGGAUCUGCUGAAGAUGAACAAAAGCAGCCCCUGUUGGCCACCUCAGGGGACCCACAAUCAUUUCUGACUCCCCAGCCGAGGAAACAUCAGCUUAAGGAACCAGCAAAAGACGAUCAGCUUCGCCGCAGUUUGUUAGAUCUCACCGAGCAAAAUCAAGAGCCGGAACCAAAACAAAAACAACCGCCGGAUCAAGUCACUUCGUCGGAAACCGGCCGGGAUGCAGACGGUGAAGACGGUUCCAAUAAUGCUCAGACGAUUCCAUUUAUCGAUUGCACUGAAGGAACGCCCAAAACCCCCGUCGCUGCCCCUGCGCAGGGCGAUGAGAAGGAUGGUAAAGCCAAUUUAGCGGUACCCUUCGAUCGUGCUUCUGCGCUACGAAAAUCCUGGGAGGGGUUCAAAGACAUUCUCGGGUCGGCACGGAAAGAGAAGGAAAAAGACCCCCGAGAUGUGGAGGCGGAAAAGUUCAACCUGGAUGCCGAAUCCUCCCUGGAGGACGUCAUGAAGGAGAUCAUCCGGGAGAAGAAGAUCCAAACGGCCUCCUGGACCGAAAGCAACAAAGGCCGAGGGUAUCAGAUUGUAUUUUCCCUGGAAUCCGGGAGGAAGGUCGAUGAUGUGAUAUACUUGCUCAGUACCUGGGGCAUUGGGGAGCGAUUUGGUUCAACCCUUGCCAUUACUCCUUGUACGCUUUUCACCGAGCAGCUAGGAGAAGAGGAAGAUUCUUCAGAAUCUAAUGCCGGUGGCAAGGACGGCGCAUGGAAUACGUUCCUGUCUUCUGUCCGGGCUCGUCUGAAUGUGGCCCAAAUAGUCGAAGAAGUCAAACAUGAUGCCUCGAUUACCUUCGACUUCGUCUCGAUGCUUUGCGUAGCCAGCAUUUUGGCCGCGUUCGGAUUGAUCGAAGAUAGCACGCUGUUUUUGAUCGCCAGUAUGCUGAUUUCUCCGCUAAUGGGCCCCAUCAUAGCGGGAAUCUUUGGAACGGUGAUCAAGGAGCGGAGUCUGCAGCUGAUGGGACUCAAGAACGAGAUGAUCGGAAUUUCGUUAACCACUUCGGUGGGUUUUAUCUUUGGACUGAUCGUAUGUAGCCUGGAUGAGCGUUACGGCGUCGGGGAAGGCAUCACCAACGAAAUGUUGAGCCGGUGCGAGGUGCACUCACUGCUGGUCGGGAUUGCCAUUGCGCUGCCCUCGGGAGCCGCCGUUGCCAUUGCCAUCCUGGGGGAAAAUAUAGGAUCUCUGGUUGGGGUGGCCAUUUCCGCCUCGCUGCUGCCGCCGGCCGUUAAUGCGGGAGUUCUCUGGGCGCUGUCCUGUCUGUGUUUGGUGUUCGGCACCCCGGAUAAACGCUACAGUGCCGUCGUCAAGACGCAUCUCUACUCGGAUAACCAAACACUCGAACUGUUUGCGCUCGGUUGCAUGAGCAUGUGCCUUACCCUGCUGAACGUAGUUUGUAUCUACGUGAUGGGCGUUACCUUUUUAAAGAUAAAGGAAGUUGCUCCGAUUGUUCCGAAGGAUCAGAAACAAUUCUGGAGGCAUGACAUCAAAAUCGCUCGUGAUUACAACAAAACUCUGCACACGAUGGAUGGCAUGACCAUGAGUAAGCAUCUGAUCCAGGAACUCCAGGCUCUGCACUCCGAUGGAGAUGGUCACGGUAUCAGCGGCAACGAGAGAUGGCUGAACAACAUAAGCCGAGUGAAUCAGAACACGUGGUCCCCGAGGCACAACUACCAUCAACGGGAUCACCGGCCCACAGUUCAGGAACUGGAAGCUCUUUAUCUGAGUCUUUCGACCAACAACGGCGAAAGCCAGUAUCACUACUCCAGCCAUCAUCCGCACAACAAUCCCAUGAAACUUUCCUCCUCCUAUUUCCGAUCAUCGAAACCCUGGUCGCCACCCAAGUAUUCAUCCAUAGUUGAAGACUCUCAACCAUCGUCGCCAACCCACCGCACCCGGCUAGGAUCAAACCCGAUGGACAUUCCCGGAUUGCGGAGGCCACGUUUCUCGGACUCGUUCCGGGGCAGUUCGGCACCGUUGUCCAAAAUCGUCGAACACGUUGCCAGCAGCACCAGUGGUGGAGGUCAUCACCAUGCCGGACCAAGCGAUGGAUCCCGGCGUGAUUCCGAAUCUGGGGGAGGAGGAGGAGGCGGCGGCAAACAUUUCAAAAUAAGCUUGAAGAAACCGAAACAAUUUACCGUCACCCCGGCGUUCGAUCCGAUCAAGAAGUGAUCGCUCAACUCAGAAUGAUCUGUUUGUGUGUGGUUAUUGUGUAUGUAUAAAGUAUUUUAUGUAUAGUUCGCUCAUUUGUUUAAGUGUUUCAAAAAAGUUUGAUGAAUCGUGAUAAUAGCUCCUUUGAAAGAAAAAAUCAAAUUUCAUUGUUGUAAAUAAUUAAAAAAAAAGGAAACUUUGUUAUUAA